AUGAGGCUCCUCGGAGGAACUUUAAUUUUCAGGGUAAUGACUUCAAGGCCAGAGGCAAAGGUAAGGGGAGAGGUAAAAAAUCUUCCUUUCGUGCCUUUGAUCAGUCAAGACAGUGACGCCAAACUGGGGUUCAAAGGGGGCCAAUUAAAGAAUUUCAGGAAAAGGUGGGAGGAGCUCGGAGCAACUCCCUUUAUCCUGAAGGUUAUAUCAGGGUCUCGGAUACCCUUUGUUCAAAGACCUCCUUUAGUGUACCCUUCACCAGCAGUAGCAAAGAAUUAUGCUACAAAGCCAUCUGUGCAGAUGACUUUACAGAUCGAGGAGUUGAAGAGCUUGGGAAUAUUGGAAAAACCAGUUUCUUUGACUCCCGCUUUCUUCUCCCGGGUAUUUCUAGUAAAGAAGAGCGAUGGUGGCUUCAGACCCAUUUUCGACCUUCGCGAGCUGAACAGAUUUGUGAAAACCAAACAUUUCCAACUUAUCAGUCACGUAACAGUACCCGAGUUCCUUCAACCAGGCGACUGGUUGAUAAAAGCAGACAUAUCUCAAGCUUACUUUCAUCUGCCUAUAACUGCCUCCCACAGACCAUUUCUGCGCCUCUUUUACAAACAAGAAAUGCUCCAGAUGACCUCACUGCCUUUCGGCCUAUCAUCAGCCCCAAGGCUUUUUUCAGCAGUCACUUUCUGGGUCGCGGAGACUCAACGCAAGAGAGGGAUGCGGAUUCUGGUGUACCUCGACGAUUUUCUCCUGGUACACCAGAAUCCCUCCAAAUUGGCAUCACAGGCCGCGGAGGCUGUGGACCUUUUGGAGUUCCUAGGAUGGAAAGUCAAUUACUCGAAGUCAGCUCUGACUCCUGUGAGGUCACUAGACUUUCUGGGCAUCAAUUGGGAUACAGAACAAAAUAUCAUGUCACUUCCAAUCAAGAAAAAGAUGUCAAUUUCUACUGCCUUAACAAGUAUGUUAACUAAGAAGACUUGCAAUCUUCGGGAGCUACAGCGCCUCUUAGGGCAGUUGAAUUUCGCAUGUUUCGUGAUACCGAGAGGCCGACUUCAUUGUCGGCACCUGCAGAUUUUUUUACGUCAAUUUCCUCGCAAUCUGCCAAAAGUAAAAUUGGACAUCCCGCGGAGGGUGAUGAGAAAUUUACAUUGGUGGCUCGGAGCCGUAGACCUAACAACUCCUAUUCAUUCGGUAGGAGUAUCCCAUUUUCUGACCACCGACGCUUCAGACAUCGGUUGGGGUGCAGUACUGGACAAGACGACAAUGUCGGGCUCUUGGACAACUCAGCAGAAACUAUGGCAUUGCAACAAAAAAGAGAUGUUCGCAGUAUUGUCUGCAGUAAGAGGCCACGCGAAGAGUCUCAGGAACUCACACGUGUUGCUACAGACAGACAACAAAACAAUUAUUGCGUACAUUCGCAAGGAAGGAGGCACUCACUCGAUAGGCUUGCUGUCUCUGACGUUUCAACUCUUGACCCUUCUAGACAAAUGGAACAUAAUUCUAUCUGCACAGUAUCUCCCAGGCAGAUACAACGCCAUAGCAGACAGACUGUCAAGGAGACGCCCAAUACCCGAGUGGCAUCUACUGCCUCUAGCUACCCGGGAGAUCUUCAGGCGUUGGGGAAAACCAGACGUAGACAUUUUUGCGUCCAGAAGACGCUUUUUCAAGAGACUGGAAUUAUCGGUUGGGGUGGAUAUUUCCUCCACCAAAUCUAAUACCAAGGGUACUAUGUCAUCUCAACAGGGCGAGAGGCACCUACCUACUGGUGGCUCCGGAUUGGAAUCAACCCUUUUGGAAAGCAGAUCUCCAGGCUCGAGCCCUGGACCAACCCAUGAUUGUACCCAACUUGCACAGAGCGCUAGUGGACCUGACAACAGGGCGUCCACCUCCACAGAUAGACCAGUUAGCUCUGAAGGUUUGGAAAAUUGGGGGUGGGCGGACAAGAUAGCCACAUGGUCGCAGGCUGAAAAAGACCUUCUCAAAAAGAGUUGGCGUCGUUCGACUCUUGACACAUAUGAACCAGCCAUUAAGAGAUGGAUAACUUGGUGUAGCGCUAGAAGCUCAGACCCGAAAUCGCCCAGACCAGAAGAGGUAGCUCAAUUUCUUGCUGACACCUUUCUAAAAGAAGGUUUAGCUUAUGGCACGAUGCUGGUUCAUAAAUCAGCAGUGGCAACAUUUUGUGGACAAAAUAGUGUAAUAUCUUCUAACUUUAUGGUGAAACAAGUGUUGAAGGCCAUCAACAAUUCUAAACCACCAUCAUUUAAACCACCAAUUUGGGAUGCCAGACAAGUGAUAGAGUGGCUAAAAAAUAACCCCAACAAUAGUUCAUUAUUUGAAAUUGCAAGAAGAACUGCAACAAUCUUACUCCUAACGUCAGGGCGUAGGAUACACGACCUAACUUUAUUAAGAAUAUCAAAACAACAUUUUACUGAUGAUGGACAAGAUAUUUGUUUUUGGCCAGUAUUCGGAGCUAAAACUGAUAGUGGAUCUAGACGCCAAUCUGGUUGGAGACUUCUACCUAAUCAAGAAAUUAAUUUAUGUCCAGUUCGUUGGAUUCGUCUUUUGAUUCAAGCAUCUGAAAGUAGGCGGACAGAAGAUAUAAAGCAUCUGUUCAUAACAAUAAGAGGUAUACCAAAGCCAGCUUCUAAGACUUUAAUAGGAGGAUGGGUGCGGUCUGUACUGAAGGAUGCAGGAAUUGAUGCCUCACCUGGUUCAUGUCGAUCAGCAGUAGCUUCUUUGGCUUGGCUAGAGAAUAGGCCCGUAGAGGAAAUUUUAGAAAGAGCAGCGGAAGUAGCGUUUCCACUAUUAGUGGAAACUAAAUUAAUUUAUUCAUUAUAUUUAGAAGAACAGUGUAUGAUGCCGAAAUCGGGCAGAGGGCGUCCACAGAUGUCCCCCAUCGCGAUCGGUCUUGAGCUGAAGCUCAAGAAAGGCUGA